GAAGAAAAAGCAACUCUCAAGCGAGGGGCUAUUCUAGGAAACCUGAUGAAUCAAAAAAUAAAACGCCACCUCAAUUCCUCAAAAGUCUCCCCUGCAUUACAAGCUGAGACAACAGCAGAAAAGCAAAAAAUUUAGGGAUAGGGACCAGAUAAACCAUUUCAAGUUUUCAAUCUGCAGAAAAUCACCACUUGGCUUCACCAUCUCUUGAAGAUGCUCUUCAAUUUCUUAUCGGGAACGCAUGGCUUACCAUGGAAAUUUGUCUUUAUAUGCGUCUCCGCUCUGUUUAUGAUUCAUUAUAUGUUGGUUGAUGUUAAGCCUAGAGAUGAGCCCGAACCAGAAGCAUCCAAGGCGGAUGAAGGAACAGACAUAAUUCCAAGUCCGACAUCUGCGAAGCAUGCAAGUCCCGCAGGAACUUUCGAAGAGUUCAAGGCAAUGCUUGGGGUUUUUGGUGGGACGGAAACAUCUGAAUCAAAAGACCCGAACACCUCGGAAGAUGCAGAUUUAGAAACCGCGUUGCCUGGCCAUAAGUUCAAGAAACCUUUCCUCGGAUCUAAGCAAGACACUCGAAAAGACGAAUAUGUUUCCGUGUGUAUGGCAGUUAAAGAUCAGCAUCAAGACUUACCAGAAUGGUUCAUUCACCACUAUUAUCAUCUUGGGAUAAAGAGAUUCUACAUCAUGGAUGAUGGUUCUGACCCGCCUCUAUCGGAGAUGGAAGAUUUGGGUAUACCUCGAGAGCAUGUAACUUUCCAAUACUUCAGCCAGUCAGAACAUGCUUUCUACAUGCAAGAACACGUUUACAAUAUCUGCGUCGAUAAAUACGGAAGUAACCACACUUGGAUGGCUUUCAUCGACGCCGACGAAUAUCUGGAGAUGACAGGAAACGAAAAUUUGGUUCAGUUCCUAGAAUCAUUCGAGGAAGAUGAACACGUCGGCGCGGUAUAUGUUUCAUGGAUGACGCAUUCUUCUGCCGGACUACUAAGCAGAGCCAAAUCUGUCCGCAAGGCCUACAUUGAUUGUAUAUGGGAUGGGGAAGGACAUAAUAUACUAGGCAAAACCAUAUCCAAACUAUCUAUGUAUGCUGGUACAAACACCGUGCAUCAAGUCCUGAGUAAAGACGGGGCAAUAAUUGUUGAUGAAAAUGGGGUUGAGGCACCUUUAAAACGAAGGCCACCGACGAAAAACCGAAUAGCACUGCAUCAUUAUGCAUUGAAGAGUCGAGAAGAAUAUCGGGAGAAGAUUGAUCGAGGAAAUGCCAUGAGUACUCCGAAGGAUUGGCAGUUUUGGAACAGUGUUGAAGGGAUGGCAGGUAUAGAAUGUCGUUCCAUGGCAGAAUAUUAUCCUUGAUGGUACAAUCCAGGACGAGCUUUAGAUACUUUCGAGGAUUGUAUUGGCGAACUUUGGGUUUGAGAGAAAUUAUACUUAACUUGUAUCCAUGCUUCCGAGUCGUGGUUGAUAAUAUCGCUGUCCGAUGACUCUAAACACAUUGAUUUGGUGCAAGACAGAGCUUUACAUCAGUAUAUCCUCAUAACUCAGAUAUGACCUGUUGAGUGAGUUCCCAUGUCUUCAUGUCCAUGAGUAGAUGAUGAGUAGAUCAGACCAAGUAUUGUUUCUUCUGAAGGCUGCUCGAAAAUCAUCCGUGGCCUCAGUCGUGACCAGAGUCUGAUGGCUAGAACG